AAGGAGGGAAAGAGAGAGAGAGAGAGAGAGAGAGAGAGAAGGGGGAGGAGAGAGAAAGGGUGAGAGAGAGAGAGAUGGGUUAUUGGGGCGACCGCAACAACAUAGGAGACAAGCUUAUACAAAAACACAGGUGUGGUGGAAUAAGAAAGAUGGAGAAGAUUAUGCGUCUCCUUUACCAUUCCCAUCAUGACCUAAAAACUCUAACCCUAACACAUCCUCCUUUCCUCUAACCAUAACCGACCAAUAGAACUCUCCUGAGUCCUGCCUCUUUAUCUCUCACUCUCUCUCUCCCUCCCUCAUCCUAUUUCUCUCCACCCUUCUCAAUUGCUCCUCCUCUAUACGGUAUCUCAUCUGUCAGGGUAGCGAAAUCCUUUCUUCCACGCAUUUCAGACUUGCUGAGGUACGUGGUUUUAGUAGGUUUUCUUCCUCAGCUUUGGAGAAGCAGCUGGAUCUUGAGGGGCAAAUUUUAUUGCUCCCCCUCAUGGAAGGAUUUGGAGUUUCUGGGUUUGAUGGUGUGGGUUGUGCUGUGAGGAAGAAGAGGAGUAAUACAUCAAGGCGGCCUCGACCUGAUUCACAGCCAUUUCUAGACAGCCGAGAUGUUUCAUCUUUGUCGUCCACACCACCUUCAGACAAUGUGAGCAAGGUAUCCAGUGAUGAGAAUGCUGGAUACGACACCAGUUCUAGGAGGAAGGAGUUCAAUAUUAGCAACACAAGGGUUUCCUCUAGUAAUAAAGCUGAAGGUGAAAUUGCACCUAAAAAGAUCAGGAAAGAUGAAGGGACAUAUGAAGAAUAUGAUGGAUUUUAUAGCAAUGGUGGUUCAAGGGGCAGUAAUGAGCAGGGGCGAAGUGGUUCAGAUUUCAAACGGUGCAGUGAAGGUGUUCUUGCCCCAGCUAAUUGGAAAAGCACAGGUAAGAUCAAAGAAAGAUUUGAACAGCAGCAAAGGAAGACUGAUAACCAUACUGGCAGCGGAAGGAAUGGAGAAAGCCGAAACUCAGGGCAGUUGGGAGUAGGUUCAGAUGGAGUGGGUAAUGAGAACAAAUUAAAAAAAGUAAAGCUCAAGGUUGGUGGUGUUACUCGUACUAUUCAUACCAAAUCAACUUCAGAUGGUGGCUCUUCUGUCAAGUCUUAUCGCUCCUCAGAUGCUCCACGGCCAAGGCAAAGACUGAUUCUUCCGGACAAUUCUGAUGAUGAUCGGUCCCCUCCCCCAGACAAGACUAAAAGCUUGCAAGGAGUUCCAUGGAAGGACUUUUCCAAUGGUGGUUUCAGUCUUGGGAAAAAGGAUGAUUCUUCAAGGGGCAAGAUGUCUGAUGAGAGUGUCUCUGGAAAGCAAACAGAUAAGUCUGAGCCUGUUCGCAAGAGCAAGCGAGUCCCCAAGAGACGUGUAUUGGGUGCAACAUUUGAUGACAAUGAUGAAGAUGAGGAGAUCCAAUAUCUUGAGAGACUGAGAACUAAGGUAACCACAGAUUAUGGUGAAGAGUAUGAAGACGAUGAUGAAGGAAGCAAGAAACAGCGAAAGAUUUCAAAAGUUUCAAGAAGUAGGACCAUUGACCGUGAUUAUGAUGAGGAUGCUGUGGAGUAUGGUUCAUUGAGGUCAGGCAAAGAUGGUAAGAAGAAGUCAAGAUCAGAUAGAGUAUCUGAGGAUGCAGAUUAUGUUGAAGAUGAAGAACCAGUGUCAGAUGGUGAGCCUGAAGCCAAGAGGAAGAAGUCAAAGAAGGAAUCUGGUGAUUUUUUCAUGGAGGGUAAGGAGAUGUCUCUUACUACACGUCAACGGGCCCUUCAGUCUGGUAAAGAUGGCUCAUCUGGAUCUGGUGCAAGUCUAAUUGAGUUCCCAAAUGGGUUACCCCCUGCCCCACCUAGAAAGCAAAAGGAGAAACUUUCAGAAGUUGAGCAGCAAUUGAAAAAAGCUGAAGCUGCUCAGAGGCGUAGAAUGCAGGUGGAGAAGGCCGCCAGGGAAUCUGAGGCGGAGGCAAUCAGGAAAAUACUUGGCCAGGAUUCUAAUAGGAAGAAGCGAGAGGAUAAGAAUAAGAAACGGCGGGAUGAAUUGGCACAAGAGAAGGCUGCAAAUGCAAUGACGCUUGCCUCAAAUACUGUAAGAUGGGUCAUGGGUCCCACUGGAACAGUUGUUACAUUUCCCAAAGACAUUGGACUACCAAGCAUAUUUGAUUCUAAGCCAUGCAGUUACCCUCCUCCACGUGAGCAAUGUGCUGGUCCGUCAUGUACUAAUGCAUACAAGUAUCGGGACUCCAAGUUGAAGCUCCCACUCUGCAGUCUUCGGUGCUACAAGGCAAUUCAUGAAAAGCUGCAGGCUGUUAAAACCUGCUAAUGUGGCUGAAAAGUAUGUCCUCAUGGCUUUAACCCACGUAGGUAAAUAUAUAUAUUUUUUUUGAUAAACAAGGAACCCAUGUAGAAGAAGAUUGUUGCAUGUUUCAGUGCAAAGUUUUUGACAAGUUUAUUUAGUGUAAGAAACUACAGGAAAUAUCUGUACAAAAUUCUUUCUUUUUUUACUUGAUGAAGCGUAUUGCUUGAAUGGUUCUUAGGA